CCCUGUGCAGCUAUGAGGGACUUACCGCGUGUCUAGAUACAGAUGCACGUGUGUGCGUAUGUGUGUGUCUGUGCGCCUGUGUACGCGCACACAGGUGUACGCGCAGUGCUCGGCGUCCGCACGCCCUCAUACGGGGAAGUCGGAGUGUGCCAGCAGAAACGCCUCUGGUUCUCUGGUGCUUUGUGUGUUUCCUGGCUCUGCUGUCCCUGCAAGAGCCGGGGGGUUGCUGUUCCCUGCCGGAUGUAGGUGCGGCGUUCUGCGGUGAAGUGAUUACCUCUGGAGAGUUAUGUGGGUGUCGAGCGCAGGGGAGCUGCUAGGAUGGAAAUAGAAUUGGUGAGCAGAAAGCUUUCUUUUAAUGAAAUAUUUAGUUCAUGCUAAGAAACAAGUCAGAAAACCCGGCCAAAAGCUAAUGUCAUCCGAAACACCAACAGACUGUCCAGAGGUGCCAAUGGAAAAUACCCUUUUCCCUGAAGUUCCUGAUGUGGAAGGAAAGGUGAAGUCAAAUGACAGUCCGGUAGAGAGACGGGAGGCAGGCUCAGACAAGGAAGAGUGCUCUGAGCCCAUGUCCAAAAGACAAAGGAAGAAGUUAUUAAAGCAGAAACAGUGGGAGGAACAAAAAGAUCUGCGGAGGCAGAAACGAAAAGAAAAACGCCAGAAGAGAAAACUAGAACGUCAGUCAAAAUUGGAUUCCAGUAAUGAAGGGAAUGACAGAAAGUGCAUGCGCAGGGAAGUUGUUCCUAGCACACUUCGCCUCAUUGUGGACUGCAGCUUUGAUGACCUGAUGGUGUUAAAGGAUGUUAAGAAGCUUCACAAGCAGAUUCAGAGAUGUUAUGCAGAAAACCGCAAGGCAUUUCAUCCUGUGCAGUUUUACUUGACCAGCCAUGGAGGACAGCUGAAGAGCAACAUGAAUGAAAAUGACAAAGGAUGGGUGAACUGGAAGGACAUCCAAAUUAGAACAGAGCACUACAGUGAGCUAAUAAAGAAAGAAGACCUAGUAUAUCUUACCUCAGAUUCCCCAGAUGUUCUCAAAGAACUUGAUGAGAAGAAAGCCUAUGUGAUUGGAGGACUGGUGGAUCACAAUCACCACAAGGGAAUAACUUACAAAAAAGCUGUAGAGCAAGGCAUUGGUCAUGCGCAGCUCCCACUCAGAAACUUUGUCAAGAUGAACAGUCGGAAAGUGUUAGCUGUCAAUCAUGUGUUUGAGAUCAUCCUUGCAUACCUGGAGAAGAGAGACUGGAAGGAGGCCUUUUUCAGUGUCCUGCCACAGAGGAAAGGGGCUGUUCCUCUGGGAGAAGCCAAUGAUUCAUCCAAACAUGCUCUGUCUGGAAAAGAAGAUGAAGAUAAUGACUCGGACAGUGACUAAGCUUUAGAAGGAGAUGAUGGGAAAGAUGCGACACAAUUCAUGGGAUAAAUCUGGGACAUGAAGUAGUUACACUCCAAAGACCAUCUGCUGUCUUUGUAAUACUGAAUUGUCUCAGUGCUCGGUAGUUCCAUAGUUUGCCUAAAGCUGUUGUGUACAUGAAGGGUAAAGUUAAAUACAGUUUUUUUACCCUGAAACUUCAAUAUUAUUAGCUUUAAAAAAAAAAAAAGAAAUUCAUGGCAAAUGCAGCAUUUAUUUUUCCCGAGGAAGCUGUUUAAUUUAAUUUUUUAAUAUUAUUUUUUAUACAUACAAAUUUGAGUGUAAUAGCCAAGAGCAUCAGUAGUUACUAUUUUAAUGUAUGCAUUCUUCUCCAUUUCUACUCUAAAUUUUCUUAAAAGCAAUUAAUGACAAGCAUUCCUGUGACUCCAAAACCUGCACCACUAGUGCCUGUUGCAAAGUGUGCAUGAACACUCAAAACAAACAAACAAACAUUCUAAUUUUCCUGAACUUCUCAACACACAGUUGCAAUCAACUGAACUUCCCAGUUUGUACGUUGUGUUUAGUUAGGUGGGGUCAAUAGAUGAAAUAUGAGUGUGGGGUUAAGGCAGUGCUUACACUUGAGCUUGAGUGGGAUGGGUGUCAGCACAGGUGCAAAUCAUGUGCCUUGGUUGGCACAUGGUGCAUGUUGAGUUGAGGAGACACAAUGACCUUUAAUUAUUUCUUCAUCUCCUUAGCAAAAUUUAUCACACAGCCUCAGAACAAUCCCAGGAUACAGGAACUCUUCCUUACAAGUCACUCAGAUUCAGUAUUCCUGUUUAGUCACAUGAUCCCGUUCGUAAUGUAUUGUCUGUCAAAUAUUUUUCCUUUAAAAAAGAAGUCAUAAUCUU